AUGCAAGAAGAUGAAGAAAGAAGAACGCUACUCAAUGAUAAAAAAACCUCAUAUAUUAAUAAUGACCAUCAUCAACAUCAUUCAUCUCGUCUUGAGUGGGCAGAAUCAUCUUGGACUCGAUUUUUAUAUGUACUUUGUUGGUGGUGGAUGAAACCAUUGCUUUAUGUUGCAUAUAAACGAUCAUUGACAGUAGAUGACCUUGAUGAUAUACCUCAUGUUGAUAAGGCUAUGUUAUUAUUAGAUAGACUAUCUGCUUAUGACUGGUCAUUAACAACAACAUGGAAUAUUGUUUGGAAAGAGUUUGGAAAAGAAUACAUAUUUGCCAGUCUAUUUUUAAUUCCUUACUUGAUCACAUGUAUCGCUCAACCAUUACUUUUUCGUCAAAUUCUUUUGAAUAUAAUGAAUGAAAAAGGAUCUUAUACUGUUAGCUAUAUAUAUGCCAUAUCAAUGUUUGUUUUGAUGAUUCUACAAGCAUUCAUCCAUCGACAAAACCUUUUUCGUUCGGCUCGUGUUGGUAUACGAAUUUUGAAUGCACUUACUAUGAUCAUUUACAUACGUGUAUUGUCUCUAAAGUCGACAUCAUUGAAAGAUAUGAACAUAGGUCAAAUUAUGAACUUAGUUGCUAAUGAUGUGUCUAAAUUUGAAGAAUUGUGCUCAUAUUUGGGCUAUCUCGUUGAAGGAGUUCUCGAGACUAUCAUCAUAUUUGGAUUACUUUGCUGGAUCGUGCAACCUAUACCAGCAUUGUGUGGCUUUGCUUUAUUGCCUAUAUUUAUUCUUAUUCAGCUGUAUUUUGGUCGAAAAUUUGCUCAAUAUUAUGAAGCAACAGUUGUAUGUAGUGAUAAACGUAUACAGGCAUUUAGUGAGUUCAUUCAUGGAUGCCAUAUUGUUAAAAUGUACAACUGGGAGAAACCAUUAGGAGAUCGUAUAGUUCAAAUGCGAGAACAUGAAUUAGCAAGUAUUCGACGUGCAUCAUACUUUCAUGCACUAAAUGUAACUCUAUUUUUUACCUCUACAUCACUUUUUGCACUCGUCACGUUCGGCAGUGCCUGGCUUUUAGGCUAUCCAUUGGAUAUAGCUAAUACUUUUCCAGCUCUUUCAUUUUUUUCCUUAAUGCGAGUCAAUUUUAUGUAUUAUCUACCACUGGCAUUGGAGAAGAUAAGUGUGGCCAAAUCUGCAUCAAGAAGAAUAGACUUAUUUAUGCGUCUUGCCAUGAAACAAGACAAUCAUUCUUCAUUAUCUGCGUCUUUAAUCAAUGAGCAACAAAAAGGAAAAAUAAUGAUUUCUAAUGCAUCUUUUUCGUGGCAUAACGACAUGCCUUGUCUAUCAUUGUCUGAUCUGACUAUUGAACAAGGUACAUUUGUGGGAAUUGUAGGACCAGUGGGCUCUGGUAAAUCAUCUUUAUUUGCUGCUAUUCUUGGCGAAAUGAAUCUUACCGAUGGUCAAAUAAAUACAAAUAAUAGUUCAUUUUCUUUUGCUGCUCAAUUACCAUGGAUAUUUGAAGAUACAUUUCGUAAUAAUAUUCUUUUAAAUCGACCAUUUGAUCAACAACGAUAUAGAAAUGUUCUACAUGCUUGUUGUCUUGAUGAUGAUAUUAGUGUAUUUGGAUCUCGUGAUGAUCUUAUAAUGAUUGGAGAAAAUGGAAUUAAUUUAAGCGGUGGACAAAAAGCAAGAGUAUCAUUAGCUCGUGCCUUAUAUACUGAUGUAGACAUUUAUCUACUUGAUGAUCCAUUAUCUGCUGUUGAUCAUAAAAUAGCUAAACAAAUAUAUGAAAAAUGUAUUGGUCCAUAUGGAUUGUUAAAAAAUAAAACUCGUCUAAUAGCUACUCAUCAAACUCAAUUUCUUAGUGAAUCACAUCAAAUAAUAUAUCUUUCCUAUGGUCAUAUUGAUAAACAAAGCUGUUUGAAUGAAUAUAGUAUUAGAGAAAAUGAUACAAAUAGAAAUGAAGAUUCAAGAUUAUCCAGUCUAUUUGAUGAUCAUAAAUCGAUGGAUGACAAUCAAUCGAUCAUAGUUGAUGAAAAACCACUAAAUGAUGGUGCCAGUUGGCAUAUUUGGUAUCAUUUCUUUACUGCACCACCAUUUGGUAGAAUUGGCUUAUGCUUACUUAUUGUUGUGUUUUUGUUGGGUGAAGCAUUAAAUAAUGCUGCUAACUACUGGCUGAACAUAUGUUUGAAACAAUCUGGUGAAGAUCAGCCAAUUUCAACGAAAUCUGUUUGCAUUUAUUUUGGUUUGCUAAUUGCUUUAGUCAUUACGGAAUUAGUUCGUACGAACUAUUAUUUUACUGUUGUUUUAAAUGGUUCCAAUAAUUUGCAUAAUAGAAUGUUACAAGGACUUCUAUAUACAUCAGUACAGUUUUUUGAAAGUAAUCCAAGUGGAAGAAUUCUGAAUCGGGCAAGCAAAGAUCAGUAUGUCAUCGACGAGUUACUGCCGAUCGUGUUGUUUGAAGGAAUAGAAGGAUUUUUACAAGUGACUGGUGCAUUGUUCAUGAUUAGUUUUAUCAAUCCAUAUGUUUUUCUUGUACUUAUCUUAUUAGUACCAGUGACUUGGUUGUUAAUUUAUUUUUUCCUCAGAUGUUCACGCCGAUUUACACGACUAGAAAGUAUCACCCGUAGUCCUGUUUAUGCACUCUUUUCAUCAUCUUUGAAUGGCCUACCAACAAUUCGUGCAUUGAAAGCAGAAAACAGUUUUAUUCAACUAAUUGCUGAUAGAAUUAAUGUGCAUACAUCUGCAUUUCUCAUCAUAAAAGCUGUAUUGCAAUGGUUUUCAGUAAUAUUGGGUGUUGUUUGUUCGUUUAUAAUAUUAGCUGCUUCUAUUCAACUAGUAAAUGUUCGUGAUCAUAACAAAUCGCCAGCAGCUGCACUCAGUUUAACAUAUGCAAUGUAUGUAGCAUUAAUGUUCAGUUGGACCGUUCGACAGUUGUCCGAAGCUAAUAUGAUGAUGAUAAGUGGUGAACGCAUCGAUGAGUAUUCGAAUUUACCACGUGAAGAGGAUGAAGGAAGCUACAAAGGUCUUGUACAAACUUCACCAAAAUGGCCAGCUCAUGGAAAUAUUCAAUUUAGCAAUUAUUCAUUACGUUAUCGAUUGAACUUACAAUAUGCAAUUAGAAAUAUUGAUUUGAACAUAGAGGCUGGUCAGAAGAUUGGCAUCAUUGGUCGGACUGGUGCUGGAAAAUCAUCACUCUUCAAAGGCAUCCUUCGCUUUGUUAAUCGAUCAUGUGUUGAUGGUAAAAUUUUCAUUGAUGGUGUUGACAUAAGUCGCAUCACACUUAAUCAUCUUCGAUCUCAUCUGAGUGUUAUUCCUCAACAACCUAUCUUAUUCAAUGGAACCCUUCGAUAUAAUCUUGAUCCAUUCAAUAGUUAUUCUGAUGAACAAUGUUGGAUGGCACUUGAAGAUGUUCAACUUAAACAGUUUGUGAGCAAUCAUUCAGCAGGUCUUCUAAUGUCUAUUAGUGAAUCAGGUAAAACGCUGAGUGUUGGUCAAUGUCAAUUGAUAUGCAUUGCAAGAGCCAUCUUGAAGAAAAGUAAAAUAGUAUUGAUCGAUGAAGCAACAGCUAAUGUCGAUCAGAAAACAGAUGAUCUGAUUCAAACAGUACUUAAAGAUAAAUUUCAAGAUCGAACUGUUCUGACAAUUGCUCAUCGACUCAAUACAGUGGCAAAAUACGAUCGUAUUCUUGUGUUGGACACAGGAAUGAUAGUCAACUUUGAUACUCCUACCAAUAUUUUACAUUCUUAUUGUUGA